CAGGGCAGUCCGUGCAGCGCGGAGUCGGCGGCCCCGUUUCACUGCAGCGCGCCGCUGGUGUCGAAGUGACCGGGAGGGGAAGGAGAAGCGGGAGCGAAGCGAGCCGGAGUCAAGGCACCGAGUGGACGGGCAAAGCUCACCGGAGAGGCCGUACGAGGCGCCUGAGAGCAGAUAAAAUUUCAAAAUGAAUGGUUGCCGUGUGUUCAUUGGUCGCCUGAGCCCUCAGGUGAGGGAGCGUGAUGUGGAAAAGUUCUUCAAAGGUUAUGGACGUAUCCGUGAAAUCGACCUGAAGAGAGGGUUUGGAUUUGUGGAAUUUGAUGAUGCUAGGGAUGCUGAUGAUGCAGUUUAUGAACUGAAUGGGAAGGAACUGUUCCGGGAGCGAAUCACUGUGGAACUUGCAAAGGCUCCACCCCGGAGAGGAGGGGGCAGAUUUGGUGGAAGGUUUAAUUACUAUCGCCCCAGAAGUGAACGAAGCAGUGGACUAAGAUAUGGACCUCCAGUUCGCACGGACUACCGCCUGAUUGUGAAGAAUCUCUCCUCCCGUGUUAGUUGGCAGGAUCUCAAGGACAUCAUGCGACAGGCAGGUGAAGUGACCUUCACUGAUGCUCAUAGGGUCCACAAUAAUGAAGGCAUUGUGGAGUUCGCUUCUUACAGUGAUUUGAAAAAUGCGAUUGAUAAACUGGAUGGAAAAGAGAUCAGUGGACGAAGGGUCCAAUUAAUUGAAGAGCCACGGCGUCACAGAUCCUGGACGAGAUCUCGUUCCAGAAGCUCUUCAAGAUCCCGUAGCUACAAGGGUUCCAGAAGCGCUUCCAGAUCUGCAAGCCGUUCGCCAAGCCGUAGCAGGUCUCGCUCUCGUAGCAGGUCAGCUACUCGUGAUUCCAAGCGGCAGAGAAAUGAAUCUCGCUCCCCAAGCCGCUCGCCAGAUGUUAAGCGCCGCAGGAAGCCAAGCCAGUCAAGAUCACGGUCAAAUUCUCCCGGUAAAUCAGCCCGUUCCUGGUCUGGUUCUCGGGAGCAAUCUCCUGUCAACAGUGCAGAAUAAACUGUGUUGUGGAAUUGUUUUUAUAAUUUGCUAAAAGAUUUUCUAUGAAAUGUUAGCCUCGUCGUUUUUUUUCUGUCUGUUGCUGGGUUUGGGGUUUAAGUACUUCAAUUUUGUUUCAUGCAAACGCUUUGAACCUUAUAAUCCCAUUCAGUAUAAAUUUCUGGUUUCAAGUCAUAUGUUGGAAUAAUUUAAGAGUUGAUCCAUCAUUUGUUUAGUAUUGUUAAACAUUGCUGUACUGGUGGGCCCAUUUAGACUAGUCUGAGGGCUUCAGUCAGUCCACAUUCUGAUACUGAGAGUUGAGCAGCUUAAAAAUCAGUGUCUGGACAGAUUGUUCUUUCUUAGCACUUGCAUGAACAGUUUUGAAUUUAAAAAUAGAGAAUGACAGAUUUGAAUUUGGUUGACUUGCCCCCUGUUGUAGAACAUAAAAUAGAGAUUUGUAGUUUGGUGCCCAACUAAUUGGCUGGUCUGAAAGGUUUAAUUCAAAGGAAAUAGGUUGAUAUAUUUUUAAGUGUGCUUCCUAUCAUUGUGUCAACUGCUCAAGACCAAAAGUAUUUUAACUCCCAUUGCGCAUCUUAAACCAGAUCAAGAUGCUGUUUUACAUGUCAAGACUUUGUAGAAAAUGGCUGAAACUUGGCCUUCAAGUGGAAGAUAAGACAGUCGGUGCUUAUUAGAAACCUUUGAAGUUGGGUCAUUUCUUCUUAUUUUGAAUUGCUACUGGUCCCAAGACAGACUUUUCUUCUUAAACCUUGAUUUAUUUUUCCCCUCUCCACUAAUGGUUUAGUGCUGUUGGAUUCAGUGGCACACUUACAUCCAGCCUUUAGGGAACUCUGCCCUGCUUGCACUUGUGAUUUGCAUUUAAUUUGAAGCCUUGGUUUAUGGAUGCAGAGUAGGUUAGGUUUUCUUACCUGCUAAGUUAAAGCAGCCUGAAGAGUGUCCGUCCUGAUUGUGUGGAGGGAUGGCAGAUGCCAGAGAAAAGCAGGGAAAAUGUAUAUAUAGCUUUGGUUCGCAUGUUAAUAGUUCAUGCUUUAUUUGGUUCUUUUCUCAUUGUUUUAAAGUAUAUAUAAAGUUAUAUUUAACUUGACCCAUCCUCUAACUAUUUGUUAGAGAACCAACUUGGAAUGUUGCUCUAUAUUGGAACUGAACUUGAAGGAGCAAUGUACAUCAAUUUAAAUGUUUGUACUUAACAAUUUUAUACAAAAACUAUAAAUCUCAAUGUUCCAUGUAACCUUACUGUAAUCUGCUAGUUUAUAGUCGAUUGUGUACCACAUACAGGCUGUGUAUUGCUAUCAUUCCUUGCAGCAAGAAAUGGUACUGCAUUAAAAAACAUAGUUACCAGUGA